UUCUCUCGAGUGGAAAUGUACGGGAGAAGAGUAGCAAAGAAGCAGACCGAGAGCAUGAUUGCCUCAUCUGGCCAUCAAUCACUACAGAGAGGAUAAAAUUUCUUUAGUUGAAGGAAAGGAAAAGAGGGCAAUCACCUUUUAUUCUCUCUCUCCGGCAAGCGGCUUACGGUGUUCGAUUAUCACUAGCUGCAUUCUAUCAGAGUCAUAGGCGAUGAUGGAUCGACGCAGUUGGCCUUGGAAGAAGAAGCCAUCGGAAAAGGCGUUGGCUGCCGCUGAUCUUGUUAGUGCAUCAUUAUCUACCUCCACCGGACCUCAAACAGAACAGGAUGAUGCAAAGAGUGUGAAAUAUGUGCAAAUUUCUGUUGAGUCAUAUAUUCAUCUUUCAGGAUUGCAAGAUCUCGUGAAGACUCUAAAUGAGAAACUAUCCUCAGCCCAAUCAGAGAUGAUAAUUAAGGAUAAUCUUGUGAAGCAACACGCAAAAGUAGCAGAAGAAGCAGUCUCAGGAUGGGAAAAGGCCGAGGCUGAAGCUUUGGCUCUGAAACAACAGCUUGAAAAUACAACAUUGCUGAAGCUUGCUGCUGAAGAAAGAUCAUCACAUCUUGAUGGUGCUAUAAAGGAGUGCAUGAAACAGCUACGGAACGUGAAGGAGGAAAGUGAAGUAAAGUUACACGAUGUAAUCAUUACAAAGACAAAACAGUGGGAAAUCGUCAGGGCUGAUCUAGAAGAAAAGCUCCAUGAUUUUGAGCAAGAGCUACUGAAAGCUUCUGCUGACAAUUCCAUUCUUUCAAGGUCUCUUCAAGAACGCUCCAAUUUGCUGAUGAAGUUUAGCGAAGAAAAAUCGCAAGCUGAUGCUCAGAUUGAGGUGUUGAAGAGUAAUAUAGAAUCAUGUGAAAGAGAAAUAAGUUCUAUAAAGUAUGAACUUCAUGUUGUCACCAAGGAGCUUGAGAUCCGUAAUGAAGAAAAAAACAUGAGUGUGAGGUCUGCUGAAGUUGCAAACAGGCAACACUUAGAAGAUGUCAAAAAGAUUACAAAGCUAGAAGCCGAGUGCCAAAGGUUGCGUGGUCUUGUUCGUAAGAAGUUACCCGGGCCUGCGGCAUUAGCUCAAAUGAAGCUAGAAGUUGAAAAUUUAGGCAGAGAAUAUGGGGAUAACAGACUGCGAUGGUCUCCUGCUAAGGGUUCCAAUGCACAGCCAUUUGACACUACGCUUGAAAAUUUUCAGCAGGUUCAAAAAGAAAAUGAGUUUCUCAGCGCACAAAUACUGGCAAUGGAGGAAGAAAUGAAAAUGCUUAAGGAGGCGUUAUCAGACCGCAACAGUGAGCUACAGGCUUCAAGAAAAAUAUGUUCUAAACAUGCAAACAAACUUCGAAACAUGGAAGCACAUUUGUUACUUCUUAACCAACAGAAGAGCCAUUCAAAAUUUAGCACGGACGUCCUCUUUGAAAAUGAAAGCAAUCCACCUAGCUUGACCUCCAUAUCUGAAGAUGGCAUUGACGAGGAAACGAAUUAUUCAGAUUCACGGGCUACUGCAGUAAUCUCAGAGCUCUCACAUUACAAGAAAGAUAAGGAAGAGAACUCGCAUUAUUUGGAGCUUAUGGAUGACUUCUUGGAGAUGGAACGGUUAGCCUGCCUAUCGACGGAAGUUGAUAAGGAUAUGAACAGAUCAGACGGUGUUAAACUUGUGAAGGAAGACACCCUUCCUAUGGAUCAUUGUCUAAAGAAAGGAGAUGCUAAAGAAGAAAACAAUGCAAACUCUGAAUCUUUGUCAAAUUCAACUGCAGAUCCUGCUUCAAAAGUGGACAUUCCAUUCUUGAAACUUAAAUCAAGUAUACUUUCUACAUUUGAUUCUCACGUCCAUGAAAGCAAUGUGGAAAAAAUUCUUGAAGAUUUUGAUCAUAUUAUUCAGGACGCUCGAGAAGCGUUGCCCCGACAUUCUUUUGUCAUAGAGCGAAAUGGAUUCACAGAGGAUGUAAGUGAGCAAUCAUCUUGUCAACAAGAUGUCCAUGAAAUCAUUGAUGUUGGUAUCUCUUCGAGGAACAAUUGCGUCCCAUGCACAAAAUUUAAUAAUGUGUCAGACCAAGAUUUGAAGAAUGCCAUUGCCUAUGUUCAUGGAUUUCUUGUAUCACUAUGUAAAGGAGUUGCAGAAAUCCAAGCUAAUAGUUCUACUGGUAUUAUUGGGAAACGUAAGAAGAUUGAGGAAUUUUCUGAUUAUAUAGAUAGGGUUAUUCGCAACAAAAUAAGUUUACAUGAUUUUCUUUUAGAUUUAACCCGCAUUUUGCACGAAGCCUGUAAUUUGAGGUUUCUACUGGGAACUUGGAAAGGCAACGAAGGAGAGAGUAAUUCUGCUGAUUUUAUUGAUAAGGAAACGUUGUUGGAGAAUCAAGUAACUCAGCAUAAAGAAACGUUGUUGGAGAAUGAAGGGUCUCUUGAUGCUGGCUUCAGAAUACAGGCCACGUGUCCAGCAUUUUCAUUUGGAGAUUUCGAGAAUCUGAAACUGGAGAAAGAGAAAGUUGAAGAGGAUUUAGCUAGAUGCAAUGAAAUGCUGAAUCAGACCAAGUCUACCUUGGCAGAAGUUGAUCAACAACUGUCAGAGUUUAAAUCAGAACUAGCUUCUUGUCAGAAAUCAAACAGGUUAGCCGAGACUCAACUGAAAUGUAUGGCUGAAUCCUACAAAAUGUUGGAGCGCCGGAAUGAGGAACUAGAGGCUGAAGUAGGCCAUUGGCGUGCAAAAGCUGAAACCUUGGAUAGUGAGCUUCAGCUGGAACGGCGUAGUCAUCAGGACAAUAUAGUCAAAUACAAUGAACUUCAAGUGCAAAUAGAAAGGAAUAGGAAAUGCUCAACAAGCUCCUUUCCUUAUGGUGGCGUCAAUACAAAGACCCAGCAGGAAAGAGAGAUAGAAGCAGCAGCGGAGAAGCUUGCAGAGUGUCAAGAGAAUAUAAUUCAUCUCGGUCGACAGCUUCAUGCAAUGCGAAAUCCGGCAGAGCAAAUGGACUCCUCCACAAGGAACAGCUUACAAUUGAUAGAUUUUGUCUUGAAAGAUGAAAGAAAUGCUGGUUGCUUAAAACCUCCAGUGCUCUUUAGCCCUCUGCAUCCAGAUCACACAUUUCCAGAAAAUCUUAUUACUUCUGUAACAGAGUAUUCAAGCAGAGAAUCCCCAUUAAAUGGAUACAACUCUCACAUGAACUUAUCUGACACUGAACAAACUCCCUUCAGUAAGUCUCCUAUCACCCCAAGGCAUCAAAAACAGAAGGUUUAUAGGUCCUCUUCUUCUUCGUCGCCUUCCAAUGCCUUGCCUGAGAAACAUGGUCGGGGAUUUAGAAAAUUGUUCUCAAGAGGAAAGGGUGAAUAGUAAGUAGUAUAUGCUUAGGCAAACAAAUUAAGGUUUCGUUUGGGAAGGUUUUCUUACUGUUUCUUAAAGAAUUUUUUAGUACAAAAAUUUAAAAAAUUGUACUAGAAAGCUUCUUUAAGAAGCAGUAGGAAAGCUUUCCCAAACGAAGCCUAAAUCGCCUUCUUUCAUUUUCUAAAGCCAACUCUUGUCAAUCUUGUGGAAAAGGGGUUCCUUUCUGUUAAACACUUCUCUGAAGGAAUAAUAAUGCUUGCCU